CCGGCACUGCCGGAGCUGGAACCUGCGUCCGGCGCAGUGGCUCUGUCUGGAGCAAGCGCAGCCUCGGGCCCACCGCCGGUCUCUUUCUCGGUCGCUGUCGCCGCCGUCGCCGCCGCCGCGGCCGCCUAGUCCCCGCCGCUGCUGCCGCCCCCGCCCCCGGGGCAUGGCCUGUUUGAUGGCCGCUUUCUCGGUCGGCACCGCCAUGAAUGCCAGCAGUUACACUGCAGCUAUGACGGAGCCCAAGUCGGUGUGCGUCUCGGUGGACGAGGUGGUCUCCGGCAACCUGGAGACCACCGAGAAGGACCUGCUGAACGGGCACCUGAAAAAAGUGGACAACAACCUCACGGAGGCCCAGCGGCUGUCCUCCUUGCCUAGGAGGGCGGCUGUCAACAUUGAAUUCAAGGACCUUUCUUACUCCGUUCCAGAAGGACCCUGGUGGAGGAAAAAAGGAUACAAGACCCUUCUGAAAGGCAUUUCUGGGAAAUUCAACAGUGGGGAGCUGGUGGCCAUCAUGGGCCCUUCCGGGGCUGGGAAAUCUACGCUCAUGAACAUCCUGGCUGGGUACAGGGAGACCGGCAUGAAGGGGGCCAUCCUCAUCAACGGCAUGCCCCGGGACCUGCGCUGCUUCCGGAAGGUGUCCUGCUACAUCAUGCAGGAUGACAUGCUGCUGCCGCACCUCACUGUGCAGGAGGCCAUGAUGGUGUCUGCACAUCUGAAGCUCCAGGAGAAAGAUGAAGGCAGAAAAGAAAUGGUCAAGGAGAUCCUGACGGCUCUGGGCUUGCUGUCUUGUGCCAACACACGGACCGGAAGCCUCUCAGGCGGGCAGCGCAAGCGCCUGGCCAUCGCGCUGGAGCUGGUGAACAACCCCCCCGUCAUGUUCUUCGAUGAGCCAACCAGUGGCCUGGACAGCGCCUCCUGCUUCCAGGUGGUCUCCCUGAUGAAAGGGCUGGCUCAAGGAGGGCGGUCCAUCAUCUGCACCAUCCACCAGCCCAGCGCCAAGCUCUUCGAGAUGUUCGACCAGCUCUAUGUCCUUAGUCAAGGGCAGUGCGUGUACCGGGGAAAAGUCUCCAAUCUUGUCCCGUAUUUGAGGGAUUUGGGUCUGAACUGCCCCACCUACCACAACCCAGCCGAUUUUGUCAUGGAGGUGGCAUCUGGCGAGUACGGCGACCAGAACGGGCGCCUGGUGAGAGCCGUGAGCGAGGGCGUGUGCGACUCGGACUACAGGAAAGAGCCUGGGGGGGAUGCCGAGGUGAACCCCUUCCUUUGGCACCGGCCCUCUGAAGAGGUAAAGCAGGCAAAACGAUUGAAGGGGCUGAGAAAGGACUCCACUUCCAUGGAAGGCUGUCACAGCUUCUCCGCCAGCUGCCUCACCCAGUUCUGCAUCCUCUUCAAAAGGACGUUCCUGAGUAUCAUGAGGGAUUCGGUCUUGACACACCUGCGGAUCACCUCUCACAUUGGCAUCGGCCUCCUCAUCGGCCUGCUGUACCUGGGGAUUGGGAACGAAGCCAAGAAGGUCCUGAGUAACUCCGGCUUCCUCUUCUUCUCCAUGCUCUUCCUCAUGUUCGCGGCCCUCAUGCCCACUGUGCUCACCUUUCCCCUGGAGAUGGGAGUGUUUCUGCGGGAACAUCUGAAUUACUGGUACAGCCUGAAGGCCUACUACCUGGCCAAGACCAUGGCCGACGUCCCCUUCCAGAUCAUGUUUCCAGUGGCCUACUGCAGCAUCGUGUACUGGAUGACAUCGCAGCCAUCCGACGCUGUGCGGUUUGUCCUGUUCGCUGCCCUGGGCACCAUGACCUCGCUGGUGGCGCAGUCCCUGGGCCUCCUGAUCGGAGCUGCCUCCACAUCCCUGCAGGUGGCGACCUUCGUGGGCCCCGUGACGGCCAUCCCCGUCCUCCUCUUCUCCGGAUUUUUCGUCAGCUUCGACACCAUCCCAACCUACCUGCAGUGGAUGUCCUACAUCUCUUAUGUCAGGUAUGGCUUUGAAGGGGUCAUCUUGUCCAUCUACGGCCUGGACCGAGAGGACCUGCACUGCGACAUCGACGAGACCUGCCACUUCCAGAAGUCAGAGGCCAUUCUUCGAGAGCUGGAUGUGGAGAACGCCAAACUCUACCUGGACUUCAUCGUUCUGGGCAUUUUCUUCAUCUCGCUGCGCCUCAUCGCCUAUUUUGUCCUGAGGUACAAAAUCCGGGCUGAGAGGUAAAGCGCUGGAAGUGCCAGAAGUGAGGAAACUUAGACACGGCCGCCAGGGGCAACUUGUAGAAUCGUGGCGGCCAGCCUGUGCCCGAGGACGCAGGGAUGACUGUGACCCAACCCCUAACCACCACGUCUGGUUCGUGGGUGCCAAGUGUCUGACGGCUCCGCCCAGUGGGGCCAGGCCUUCUGUCCAUCACCCUUUCCAGCUUAAACUAGGAAGAAGAUAUAGAAAGGAUAAUCUUCACAUGCAGAAUGUAAAACUUCCGGAGCUGGGCCAGAACUCACACCUGCAGGCAAGCUGGUGACAAGAGGCUCCCUCGGUGGCAUUCUUCCUCACGACCAGGUCGCUCUGGUCCCGGACGGGGGGUGCAGGCUGCCUCUCAGCUGGGCACUGCGCAGUUGCAUCCUGGGGGAGAAAGGCAAAGGGGGAAGUGGUCCCGUUUUAUGACUUGUUUUUCGUAGUUUCCUUCUUUCUACAGUUUGUCUCUUUUUGCAAUGAGAAGUCAUUUUCCAAGCCAAAAGUCAAUGAAUUGCAUUCGUAUUUAAGAAACUGUAUCUUUUUAGUACUGGUUGAAGAGCAUUGUUCAGGGUGAGCUGGCCUCAUUAAUGAACUUGGGAAGGCUGCACACGUGGGUUCCAGGUUGAGAGGAGACUUUGGAACUGUACGCACGGAGCCAUGCAGAAAUUUUAAGAAGUCAAACAAAAAGAAGGUGAAAUUGGCCAAGUCUUUUAAAGUAUUUUAUUUUCCCUUUGCUUCUUAUUUUAAGCAAAAUAUAUUGUUUCUUUCUAACUUUCUGAGCACCUUAAUUUUGCUUAAAAAAUUCUAGAAGAUCCACCCUGUUGCAUUUUUACAACCAUUUCCUCUUUCCUCACUUCAACUACCUCCACUGAACCUGGGAAUGCCGGGCUGAGGGGCAUCCAGGUGUGGGCGUUGAGGGGUCCCAGGUGCAGCCAUGCAAGGUGAUCUGACCACACGAGUUGGAAGCUGCUGAGACCUCGUUAGGACCCGAGCUCCGAGCAGGAGCCCGGCAGACAGACACUCGGUGUGGCCGAGGUGUCUGCAGCUCACUGAGCGAGGCUGUGGGUGAGUGCGCCUGCAGGGGCCGGUUCUCGUGGCGCCCCAGCCGGACCACCUUCUCAGUGUUGGCCUUGUGCAGGCCUCGCAGACCGAAGCCCCUUCUUCCUGGGGACGUAAUCGCAGAGUCAGUCUCUCUGGGGCAGGAACUGUAGCGUGAGCAGAGUGAACAGCCUCUGGCUUCCUCUCGGGGCACUGCGUGCCUGUCAGCUGUCAGAGGCGGUGUGUCCAGAGGCAGGAAGGGGUUCUGGCCAAAGACGGCCAUCAGAAGGGAAGUAGGAUUGUUCUCCCUGCUAGAACAUUGCUGCCCUGGGAUCAGGGUCCCCUAAUGAAAGACUGCGUGUCUGUGGGUGAAUUCACAAACUCUCUGACCCUCAGCUUCCUCUUCUGUAAACAGAAGCACUAGCUAGUCUCUGGGCCACGUCCACUUUGAGAGAUCCCUCGGUUCUAUUCCCAAAACUCUUAAUUCCUACUUCUGAGAGCAAAAGGAAUUCAAUUUUUACUUGCCCACAAAUUCAAUCUGUCGAACUCUUCAAGGUCACUUUUUCACCCUUAGACCCUUAUCAGCAAACACCGUCAAGGUGUAUUAAGAUGUAAUUUUAGGUUUGCUUGUUCCAUGCAAAUACGGCACUGCCUCCCAGACCGUGUUAUGUGACCAGGGUAAGACUUAGCCUUUAUGGAACGUCGUCUCUUAAUUUCAAGGUGGACUUGCCUGUAAGACAUCACACAUAGACAGACCCACGUAGGAACAGCCUAGCACAUACAGAGUUGGGGAGAGGAGAAAGUCACCCAUCGUGCCUCAGCACCGCGUCAGGUGAGGUCAGUGUUUAAGGACCCACCCCCGGCCAGGCGAGCCCUUCCGGUGUCAGCUCUGUGCUCCGACUCAGAAUGUGCACACUAGGCACUGCCCUGAGUGGGAUCGGCCAUCUCCACUGCACGGGCAGCUGCAUCCCAUUCCCCGAGAGCCCUCGGCGGUGUGUCUCAGCGACUUUGUAAGGAAACUGUGAGACUCCUUUAGAUUUAAAAUCUCAACUCCUAAGCCCUCAGAAGGGGUUUUUCCUAUAGGGGUUCAUGGUCCCUGCAUUUCAGUUUUUCACUGUUGGCAGAGGACAUCCAUCCCUUCAUAGACGAGGAACUGAUGGAGGUUGCCCACUGCCCAGGGGCGGAUCUUUGGGGACGCGAUGGCUGUCGGUCUGCUAGAAGGGAAACCCAUGCGCAGAGUAACCCAGGGCUACUUUUAAAGGAUGCUGAGCGGGGUAUAGCAAGUGUACUAAGUCAGGACCCCAGGAUAAUUUGCCUGAGAAGACCUACAGCCAUGUCGAGUGAGGAAGCCUCACCCCUAGGAUGCUGCCUUCACCCAACUUAACUGUCAGCAAGUGCCCCCUGCUUGUACAUGCUCAUUAGAAACCCUUACCAGCUUUUAUUGAAAUGCAGCCGUUCUGUUCAGAUCUCUAGGUAUUUUCCCUCUGCUUUUGUUUCAGGGUCAUUUCAGAAAAUACCUGAUUCCAGUGGCCUCAGAUAGCAUCCAGGCAACCUACUGACUGAUUUUUCUAAAUGGCUGUGGUUAGGAGGCAGGUGGAGAUGUGCAGGCCAGCUUCCCAAAUCCAAGGCUUUUCAGUGGUUUCUGAAUGCAGGGGUGCAAACAUGCCUUUCACCGCUUCGUUUAGAGAAGGAUGAGCCCCCCAGGUAAAGGAUUCACCCUUCCUCUGGAGGUGGGCAGAGUGGAGAUGGGAGCUUGGAGAAUUUUGCUUUCAAAUGAAACGUGUCUGGAGAAUAAGGGGCACUUGGAAUUCUAACCACCGUCCUGGCCCCAAGACCGCAUCGGGGAGCCCCUCGCCUCUGUCCCCAUGGCCAGCAUUGCCGCCCCCUCUGCUACGCUCGCUGAAUAUCAGCUAGAGCAUUAAAUUCUUCCAAAGUUGCUGUGGGUGAAGUGGGAAGCUUGCCCCAGAAUGGGAAGAAACCCCUCAUGAACAUUUACAUAAGAGAUGCUGGAAUCAGUUUGUGCCGCCUUGGUGGAGGGGCCUUCGGGACCAGGAAAUGAUUCGGACUGAUGAGCUUUUAGGUGGAAACUCCUUCACAGAAAGGUGGGCUUCCCACCCUGAGAAAGGCACGCCAGGCAGGCAGGGACUGGCGACAUCCGCAAGGUUGAAGUCACUUUGGUUGUGUCCUUGAGAAAAACUUGAGUCCAGUGGAUCAAGCAUCUUCCUUGGCCAAGUGUUCUGGCUACCGCACUGAUGCCUUACAAAUUCCUCUUGUUUGCUUACUCAGCCAAGGUGGGCUGGCCGUCCCGUCCCUGAGCUUGGUGCUUGCCCAGGUGCUGGGCUCAGGGAGGGAGCUCAGACGAUAUGGGCCAGCCCCCGAGGGCAGAGAGGCCGGAAGGGACCCAUGACCAUGUCACUCUGUUCAUUCAGGAGAUGCAGGACACUGGGGCUGGCAGAGGGGCAGCAAGGUCCCCAGUCCCAGGGCCAGGAAAGAGCAGAGUUGGAAUUCGAUCCCCAGUCUGACCCCAUGGUCUCCUUUUUUUUUUUGCUUUGCCACAUUGCCCCCUGUGCACAGUGUACAGUGUAUGUGACAGUACUUUGUAUAAAAUGCAGUGCUAGCUUAGUGGCCAUUCUGGAAUUCUAGCUCCCAACGGGUAGCUGAGACGGGAGGGGGGCCACGCCUCACCCCUUCAGGUGCCUUGCCAAGGGGUGCCACCUGUGGAGCUUGGUCAGAGAGCUGGAGUAAGUGUGUGUGUGCAUGUGAACACCCAUGUGCACAUGUGCAGGCUUGUGCUAGGUUGUGUGUCAUAGCAUAUUCCUUCAUCUGCGAAUCCUCAGCCAUCCUUCACUCUGAGAAGGGAAGACCUCCCCCAACUCCGUGCCUGCAGUACAGACGGUUAAGAGCACCGUCAGGCCCACCGAGGCCACGCCCACCCAGGUGCUCCUCCACGCCCACUGAACUGCAGUGUGGCAAAAACUAAAGUGAAACCACUCAAAGUGGGGGGGGGGGGUUGCAGAGUGUAUGCCUAUAGAGUUAGAUACUUUUGAGAAAUGAAGACUGCUAAUAAAAUAUUUUAUAUACA